AUGUUCUUUAACGACAAGACUCGCCUCCGCUACAAGUAUGAUGCCGAGGAACUCUGGAUUGAGCCAUGGGGUCCAAAUGCAUUCCGUGUGAGGGCGACCAAAGCUUCUGUGAUGCCAUCGCAAGAUUGGGCCCUUCAGAAGCUUGCAGAAGUGACGCCUGAAAUCUCUAUUUCUGAGGAGUCUGCGUCCAUCAAGAAUGGCAACAUCAAAGCCCGCAUCUCCCGCCAAGGCAAAUUGGUCAUUGAGAAAGCAGACGGAAAACUAAUUCUGGAAGAAUACUCUCGUCAUAGACGGGAUCUUCUCGAUCCAAAAUGUAGUGCUCUGGAAGUGGAGGCUCGCGAGUUCAAAGGAAUACUGGGAACGGACAACUAUCACCUCACAAUGCGUCUUGAGAGUGUCAGUCCAGAUGAGAAGAUUUUUGGAAUGGGCCAGUAUCAGCAGCCUUGGCUUGACCUGAAGGGACUCGAUCUUGAGCUUGCACACCGCAACUCUCAAGCCAGCGUUCCCUUUGCCGUGUCCUCACUUGGAUAUGGACUCUUGUGGAACAACCCCGCGAUAGGAAGGGCCGUGUUUGGCAAGAACAUCAUGAGCUUCGAAGCAUUCUCAACUCAAAUCCUUGACUAUUGGAUUGUCGCAGGGGACACACCAGCUAAGAUUGUGGAAGCAUACGCAGAUGCUACUGGCAAAGUUCCCAUUAUGCCUGAGUAUGGACUUGGGUUUUGGCAGUGUAAGCUCCGAUACCAAACGCAAGAGGAGCUCCUGGAGGUGGCUAGGGAAUACAAACGCCGAGAAAUUCCAAUUGAUCUCAUAGUCAUUGAUUUCUUCCAUUGGCCCAAGCAAGGAGAUUGGAAAUUUGACUCAGACUACUGGCCUGACCCUGAUGCCAUGGUGAAAGAGCUCACGGAUCUCGGAAUCGAGCUAAUGGUUUCUAUCUGGCCAACUGUUGAUAAAACAGCUGAAAAUUACCAGUACAUGCUGGAGCAUGGAUACUUGAUCCGAACUGAUAGAGGUGUCCGUAUCGGCCUCGACUUCCAGGGUCAGACGGUACAUAUUGACACCACAAACCCAGACGCAAGGAAAUAUAUAUGGGACACAGUAAACAAGAACUACUACUCCAAAGGCAUCAAGACGUUCUGGCUCGAUGAAGCAGAACCGGAAUAUGCAGCAUACGACUUUGACAACUAUCGAUACUGGCUAGGCUCCAACGGGACGAUCGGAAAUAUCUAUCCCGUCAACUACGCCCAAGCCUUUUAUGAAGGCCAAGAAGCAGCGGGCCAGAAAAACAUCGUCAAUCUCCUUCGCUGUGCUUGGGCUGGCAGCCAAAAGUACGGCGCUCUUGUGUGGAGUGGAGAUAUUGCUUCUUCAUGGUCUAGCUUCCACAACCAGCUAUGCGCUGGCCUCAACAUGGGUCUUUCGGGCAUACCCUGGUGGACCACAGAUAUCGGCGGAUUUCAUGGCGGCGACCCCAACGAUGAAGGCUUCAGAGAGCUCUUUGUGCGGUGGUUCCAGUGGGGUGCAUUCUGCCCUGUUAUGAGACUCCAUGGUGAUCGUGAGCCUCAACAACCACAGCAAGGAACGACCGGUGGUGCAACAUGUCGCAGUGGAGCACCUAACGAGGUCUGGUAUUAUGGCCCUCAAGUUUAUGAUAUCUGUGUCAAGUAUAUCAAGAUCAGGGAGGACCUUCGACCGUAUACUCGAAAGCUUAUGAAAGAAGCACAUGAAAAGGGAACACCAGUCAUGCGGCCUCUGUUCUAUGAGUUCCCUGACGAUAAGAAGGCCUGGGACAUUUCGACUCAGUACCUCUAUGGCGACAAGUAUCUGGUCUGUCCUGUAUUGAAACAAGGUCAAACCAAGACGGAGGUCUACCUACCCAAGCUCUCAAAUGGAGAAAAGUGGUCUUCUUUCAACAGUGAUGAUUCUUACGAAUCCGGAACAACGGUCACUGUUGACUGUCCUUUGACUCAAAUGCCAGUCUUUGUUCGAGGAGCAUGA